CAAAGACUAAUCUGCGUUCAGGUCACACUCGCACAGGAUUUGUGUUGCAGCGCAAACAGAGAGGGGAUCCGCUGGAAUAUAAUUUAACACAGCAAAUAAACGUGUAAAUGGAGUUUCAGUCGUUGUCGUGACUGUUGUUGACCGCCUCUCACUCUGCAGAUCCUGAGCAGAAGUUGCUGCAGCAGCAUCCAUACGACGGCAGCUCGCUCCUUUGCAGACAUGGGUACCGUCCUCUCUAUAUCUCCAGCUACAAAAAAGGCGUCCAUAAUGGACGCCGAGGCGGCAGUAGAAGGACACAAAACGGACAAAAGCCUAAAGCGACACUCGAUGUUCGUGUCCCUCUCCUGGAAGAAGCUCGUGGCUAAUUCGGCCAAGAAGGGUGCGAAGAAAGUGACCCCGAACCCUCUACCCACCCGCGAGCUCCCGUCCAGCCAGGUGGCUCAGCGCAACAAUGAAAACAUCAGGAAAACGCACCAAACCGAGGAGAAGAAACCCAAAGCGCCCAUCCCAGUGCCGGUGCCGACGGUACCCACGCAAAACAGCGAUGUCACGGUCCAAAACGGGAGGCUUGCCUCGGUCCAGAAGCAACCCAGCAGCUACUCUCUGGUGUCGCCGAGGCGGAUAAUCAUCCAGGCAUCAACUGGGGAACUGCUUCGUUGUUUGGGGGACUUUGUGUGUCGCAGGUGUUACAAACUAAAAGAGUUAAACAGCGGAGAGGUGAUCCUCUGGUUCCGAAAUAUUGAUCGGAUUCUAUUGAUCCAGGGCUGGCAGGACAUUGGCUUCAUUACGCCGGCCAAUGUGGUGUUUGUGUACCUGCUGUGCCAAGACACGAUAACGGACAGCAUCGACAGCUCGGUCGAGCUGCAGGGCACCUUUCAGACAUGUCUCUAUCUCGCCUACUCCUACAUGGGCAACGAGAUAUCGUACCCACUCAAGCCGUUUAUGAACGAGACAAACAAGGACGUUUUCUGGGAGACGUCGCUCCGGAUCAUCAACAGGAUGAGUGCCAAAAUGCUUCAGCUGAACGCCGAUCCGCAUUUUUUCACUGAGGUCUUCCAGGACCUGAAAAACCAUCGCGACUCCAGCGAGGCCACCCUGGACCGCUGAUAGGGAGAAUAAACAAGACACCGUGAUCUUUUGAUAAAGAUUAGUGUGAAAAGAUGACCGCAAAAUCACACACUAUCGUGGUUUUGAAUGAAAAGGCCAACUUUGAAGACUUCUAAUGUCUGGGCUGAAUAUGUCUCAUGAUGUUACACAACUUCAGUAAUGGUGUUUAGGUUGCAGUGUAGGAGGAUUCAAACUUGCAUGCCAGUUGUAUAUUGUCCUCGUUUUGUCUUGUCCCUUAGAUGACACAGGGAUUGACUCUGUUGUAUUCACCCCGCUCUUGGAGACACAAAGAUGCCCAUUUCAAACAAGAUUAACCUAUAUUCUGAGAAACUGAAUGGAAGCUGCGAGGAGAAGUCCAAGGCAGGACCAGAAAUAGAUCUGAGCCAGGAGGCAGAGCUGUCCAAGGUGCUGACCUGUGCAGCCAUUUCUGCUCGUCUCACUUCUGUUAGAGUCACUUUUUCCUAAACAGGGCCAAGCUUAGAACACUUUCAGCACAUAAGCCUAAGCCUUGUAAGAAGCGAUAGUACAUUGUGCUUUAUACACAUCUCAGUCAGCUGAUAGAUAAGCUAUUGAACACACAACGGAUAUUUGAGGCAUCUGAGAAGCAGAGACACUUUUAACAAAUAUGAUUGUAGAUAUUCCUCUAUAGUAAAAACAGAGGUGUAAAGCUGUAUUUCAUCUGCAAACCUUGACAAGAUAAUAAAUGACACCAUGUUUUAGCCAGUUUAAUAGCAGGUUGCUAUAUAAAUAUUUUCAGCUUCUUUUGUGUUAUAAGAACCACCAAAUAUGUCAUAGCAGUUAUCUGAUAUAGCAUUCCCAUUGCUAAUCUAUAUCACUGUACCUCUACAGUGAUUUAUUAAAACUAAACAUGAGAAGCAAAUACGUGAAAAUUUAGGUGGGAUUGUUUUCACCUUUGGAAUGUAUAAAGUUAUACUAAGACAGCCCACAGAUCCCCACACAGCAAGGUGAUCAACCUAAAGCCUCUUAUAUGUAUUGCUUUUCAAUACAUGUUGACCACUGAAAUGUAUUUGCUUUGCAAAACAUUGCAGUGCUCAGCUGGAGACUGAAUGUACAGUUUUCCAAGAUUUUUGUAAAAAUCUUUUAUGUGCCAACUAUAAAACAGCUUAAACUCUAAGGUUUACAUGUAGAUAUCCCAUAAUUUAUUUUUCUCAGCUUUUUUUUUUUUUUUUUUUUUUUUUUUUUUUGACAGUGACUGUGUGUGAAACAGUUUGACCAUAACAAAUCAAAUAGAGUUCAAAGGUCACAUCAUAAUUUUGCUCUGGUCUGUGAAUGUGCAAUAUAGGCCUCAGUUUACUUGGCUUAAAUUCUCUGUCAGUUCAGUUGAUUCAGGAUUUCUCAAAAUGUACAUAUUUAUAGAAAAGAAGUCAAACCAUUGAGUGAGGAACAGCUAUCAUUUGCACAUGUGUUAUUGCAGUAUGUAUAAGCUAAAGGUGAUUUGACUUCAACUCUGAAACCAAACUUACAGUGUGAACCUGACUUGAGUGUCGUGGUCCCUCUGAGAGAUCAUUGUGAUGUGUUGUGAAUCUGUUGCUUGGAAAGUAAAUAAUGAUGCUGCUAUUUUUGCACAGGUGUGAACAAACUUUCAAUGUUUUGCACAGUGGUAUAACAUAAUGAUGAUGUACCAGUGUUUCGUCUCAGGCGCUGGAGUGUUUACCAUUGAGUUUGCAGUUAGUGUCACCAGCUCUGGCGUUAGAAUGAUCAUCUGUGAAAUUAACCUUUUGUACAGUCCUUUUUUUCCCUAUAUGUCAUAUGGAAAGUGAUAUUUAAAGCCGUGUUGUCUGCGGUGUUGCGCGACAGAUGCAUUUACUCUUUCUACAUGUUGAUAAAAAAGUCGAUACAGUACUUGUUUAAUGUGACCAUAAUGUAAUAAAUCCAGACUAAUAUAGGA